AUGGCAUCCACGUCUGAAUCACCUGGAUUAGCCCGGGGCAUCCCCGGGAUCAUCUGGGCCAUCGUCAUCUUUGGCUCCUUGUCCUCUGGGGGAUUUGGUUUUGACUCGGGCUGGUGGUCCGGCAUCAUGAGUUCCUCGCAAUUUGCCCGCACCUUCGGGUCCUUUGACCCCGUGCAGCAGAGGUGGUCUCUCACCUCCAACCAGCAGUCCCUGGGCACAGGACUGGGCUACGCUGGGGUGAUCCUUGGCCUGCUCUGUGGCUCGCCGUUGAACAAACGUCUCGGACGCAAGAGGUGCUUGUGGAUCCAGAGCUUCGUCGUCGCUGUCGGGGUAACGAUCGAGUCCACAACUCAGACCAGCUAUGCACAGUUCAUCGUCGGCAAAGCUGUCGUCUUCUUUGGCGGCGGAAUCGCCACAAAUGUCAUCCCCGCCUACCAGGGCGAAUGCGCUCCGCCGGCUCUCCGCGGCCUCAUGGCAGGCACGUACAACGCCUUCCUCAUGGUGGGCGGGUUCACCGCCGCCCUCAUCGUCUACCUGUGCCAGCACAUCCCCAGCGACUGGGCCUGGCGCGGUGUGGUGGUCGCGCAGAUCGCCAUCCCCGCCAUUGGCUGGCUCAGCUUGCCCUUCCUCCCUGAGUCUCCCCACUGGCUCAUCUCCCGCGGUCGAUUCGACGAAGCAGCCGCCACGCUGCGCAAGCUCCGCGGGCCCGACUUCCCUGCUGAUGCGGAGGUCGCCCUACUGCAGCAACAACUCGAGGAGCAGCGCGAGGGCAGUGCCUCUGCCAACGCCUCGUGGGCUGCCUGCUUCACAGACCCAGUAAACCGGCGCCGGGCCAUCGUCUGCCUCGGGGCUCAGAUCCUGCAGCAGGCGCAGGGCAUCUCCUUUGUGGCCAACUACCAGGCCGUGUUCCUGCAACAGAUCGGGUUCAAGGAGGUGCUCCUGCUGUCGGUGGUCGUGUAUGUCAUCGGCAUUGCGGCAAAUCUGAUUAGCAUGUUCACGACGGACCGGCUGGGCCGGCGCAGCGUGCUGCUGUAUGCGGCGGGACUGCUGGGCGUCUGUAUGCUUGUCAUCGGAGGUCUGACUGCCCACGGCGCCGCGGGCAUGUCCUACGCCAUGCAGGUUGCCAUCGUCGUCAUGCUGAUGCUGUGGUUCUUCUGCUUCCAGAUCACCUGGGGCCCGCUGCCAUGGGUGCUUGCGGCCGAGGUGCCGCCGACGCAGGUGCGUGAGAAGAUGGUGGCGCUGACAGGGUUCGCGGGCUACGGGACCGGUCUGGUCAUUGUGUUUGUCAAUCCGUUCACGCAGGAGGCAAUUGGAGGCCGUGUGGCUUUUAUUUAUGGGUCCUUUUCCGUUUUGGCGGCUGCUUUUGUGUGGUUUGUUGUUCCGGAGCUGCGGCAGCGCUCGCUCGAGGAGAUCGAUGAGAUGUUCCAGGAGCGGCUGCCGACAAGGGCUUUUGCGUCGUAUGUCUGCCGCGUGCCGGAUGAGAUUGCCUUGGAGCAGAAGAUGGCAUUUGAGUGUGUGGACGAUGCCUGA